AUUCUAUUUGCUGAAAAACAAGAGGAGCGACUUGGACACAAUCGAAGAAAACUCUAACAGACAGCACCGGACCGGUUGUCCACCGCAAACCGGAUGUUAAAUUUGUGCUUGUCAUUUUUUAAAACCAAGACAAAAGUGUUAAGACUCCCCUGGGCCUGAAAAGUGUAACUUUUCAACGCAGUUUUCUUGGAGCAGAGGUCUUCAACAUGAGCAAGCCUGCUGGUUCAACAAGUGGUUGUCUGGAUAUUUUAAAUGUCAAAUCCAGUCGGAUUCUGGACAUUCCAUGUAAAGUGUGUGGAGACCGAAGUUCUGGAAAGCACUACGGUGUUUAUGCGUGUGAUGGGUGCUCGGGAUUUUUCAAGAGGAGCAUAAGAAGAAACAGAACGUAUGUCUGCAAAUCUGGCACACAGGGCGGCUGUCCAGUAGACAAGACACACAGAAAUCAGUGCCGCGCCUGUCGCUUGAAAAAGUGUCUAGAAGUGAAUAUGAAUAAAGAUGCCGUGCAGCACGAGAGAGGACCGAGGACUUCAACCAUUCGAAAGCAGGUGGCAUUGUAUUUCCGAGGGCAUAAAGAGGUGAACGGUUCGUCGACACAUUUCCCAUCCACUUCUAUCCCGGGGCCGCCGUUUUUCACUACAGUCACGCAGCUGGAGCCUCACAAUCUGGAGUUAAACACGGUCACAAGCACACCGGAACGACAGGCCAUUGUGGGCCUCGCCCAACCCACACCGAAGUAUCCUCAUGAAGUUAGCGGCAAUCCCAUGUACCUGUAUGAAGUGGCGACCGAGUCUGUGUGCGAAUCAGCAGCGCGCCUGCUCUUCAUGAGCAUUAAAUGGGCCAAGAGCGUUCCGGCCUUCUCCACACUCCCUCUACCGGACCAGUUGAUCCUAUUAGAAGACGCUUGGAGGGAGCUGUUCGUGUUGGGUAUAGCGCAGUGGGCCAUUCCAGUGGACUCCAGCACUCUCCUAGCUGUUUCAGGAAUGAACACCGAGAACACAGAUUCCCAGAGGCUAAACAAAAUCAUCGCAGAAAUCCAGGCGCUGCAGGAGGUCGUGACUCGCUUCAGACAGUUAAGACUGGACGCUACGGAGUUCGCGUGCCUCAAGUGCAUAGUCACCUUUAAAGCAGUUCCAACACAUAGUGGCUCGGAAUUGAGGAGCUUUCGCAACGCCAGUGCUAUUGCAGCCCUUCAGGACGAAGCCCAGCUGACUCUAAACAGCUACAUCCACACCAGGUACCCCACUCAGCCGUGUCGCUUUGGGAAACUGCUGUUGCUCUUGCCUGCUCUGCGUUCAGUUGGUCCGUCCACCAUUGAAGAGGUGUUUUUCAAAAAGACCAUCGGAAACGUGCCCAUCACACGACUGCUCUCCGACAUGUACAAAUCCAGUGAUAUAUGAGCUACUGAGAGACAGAGAAAAGAAAAGAAAACGUAUCUUUGACCUUGGCAUUCGCAUGGACGCUGUGGAUGAUACCAGAUACCCUAAUGUGAUACUUCACGCACUUGUUUGGAGAACAAAGCUCUACCAAUGUCAAGAUGUUAUUACGCAGGGAAACUAUAAAACAAACAAAAGACUGAAUCUCUACAAGUUGAGCUUACUGCUUAGAAAGAAAAAAAUGAACGUUUAACCAGUAAUUUUCUAAUUGAUUUACUUUUAAUCUAUUUAAGUUCGUUUAUGGAAGUAACUUAACAAGCUUAAUCUGUUCUUGUUCUGUCAAGAUUUAAAUACAAAAUUAUCUUAGUUCGUAGUCAUAUUUGAAUGGAGUGUCCGUGAGGUUAUGUACAAUCAUUCAUUUCAAAACGGGACUUUUAUUGUGUCCAAUUGACCAACUACCUAUAUGACCAAUGCUGUUUUGAUUUCAGCACCAGUAUCAUUCAUUUGUCCACAAGAACUUUGAAGAAAACCAAAAAAGAAAAAAAGAACCCAUGAGGUAUGUUGCAGGGAAGUAGGUCGCUGUCCCUUUGACAUAGUGCUGAAAACCAAAGGCCCAUGAGUCAGAAUUGAAGAGCAAGUUCAUUCCUGUUUUACCUUCUCGCAGAAGCUCCAACUUUAAUCAAAACACUUGAACCAGCUAAUCAGGGUUACUUCAAAUGUACACUGAAAGGUUGGAAUUAAACUCUGCAGGAAGGCAGCAGGACUGAGCAUUACUGACUUGAUGCAUCACAUAAUUACCUACUGAGGUGACUGGGAGGCCGCAGCACCCACACCCUGUGACCUUAACAGAAGAUUAGGGUUUACAGGCAGGGCAUUCGAAAUCCUCUGGAUACAGAUCUGUUGGCAUUGUGAGUUUUCUGUGCGCCCACUCUGAAAAUGUCAUUUUAUUGAUGUUUAAAAAGUUGUUUCUGCUCAAUCCAUGGCCCUUGUCGGAGGUCGCCAUUUUAAACCUUUGUUUGACUAGCUACUAACCCUGGAAAAGAGACACCGCGAUCAGCACUUGAUUUGUUUUUGUAGUCUGUAAAUACAUUUCUCGUUGUA